AUGCUCUACACAUCCGCGCCGUCGCGAUGGCGGACAGCACUCGCUUGCGGGUUGCUGGCCUUCUCUUGGUUACCGGGUAUUGCUGCACAGAAGACGCAGGCCGACUACUUCGUUCACGAACUCCCGGGCGCACCGGAACCUUUGUUAAAGAUGCACGCGGGGCACAUCGAAGUCGAUGCGGAGCACAACGGCAACCUAUUCUUCUGGCACUACCAGAACCGACACAUUGCGGACAAGCAGAGGACGGUGAUCUGGCUGAAUGGUGGCCCCGGCUGCAGCUCCAUGGAUGGAGCUUUGAUGGAGAUUGGACCGUACAGGGUCGGCGAGGGAGGCAAACUCUCGUACAAUAACGGAUCUUGGGACGAGUUCGCCAACUUGCUCUUCAUCGACCAACCCGUGGGCACGGGAUUCAGCUAUGUCAAUACCGACAGUUAUCUCAAGGAGCUCGACCAGAUGGCGGACCAUUUCUUAGUUUUCCUGGACAAGUGGUUCAAGCUCUUCCCUGAGUACGAAGCCGACGAUAUCUACAUCGCCGGUGAAUCGUAUGCCGGCCAACACAUUCCGUACAUCGCACGAGCUAUCCUCAACCGCAACAAAAACUCACACUCGCCUUGGAACCUGAAAGGCCUUCUCAUCGGAAACGGCUGGAUCUCUCCCGUCGACCAAUACCUUUCUUACACCCAAUAUGCAUACAAAGAAGGACUUAUCACCGCAGGAUCUGAUUCCGCGAAGCGCGUGGAAAACCAACAGGCCAUAUGUGUCAAGCUUCUGAACGAGGGCGCUAGCCACCACGUAGAUACCUCCGAGUGUGAAGCCAUCAUGGUCAACAUUCUCGAAGAGACGAAGAACAAGAACGCGGACCGGGACCAGCAGUGUUUGAACAUGUACGACAUCCGUCUCCGUGACGAUUCUUCCUGCGGUAUGAACUGGCCCCCGGACUUGACUACCGUCACCCCUUAUCUGCACCGCCAGGACGUCAUCAACGCUCUCCACAUCAACUCCGACAAAAAGACCGGCUGGCAAGAGUGCAACGGCGCCGUGUCCGCAAACUUCCGUGCCCGCAAUAGUGUCCCGGCCGUCGAGUUCCUGCCCGAUCUUCUCAAGGAGGUUCCGAUUACGCUGUUCUCAGGAGACCGGGACUUCAUCUGCAAUCACCUUGGAACGGAGGCUAUGAUCGAUCGUAUGGAGUGGAAUGGCGGGAAGGGUUUUGAGCUUUCACCCGGCGUUUGGGCGCCUCGCCGUGACUGGACCUUCGAGAACGAACCCGCCGGCACAUAUCAAGAGGCCAGGAACCUUACCUACGUCGUUUUCUACAACUCCAGCCACAUGGUUCCUUUCGACUACCCCAGACGCACCAGGGACAUGCUGGAUCGAUUCAUGGGCGUCGACAUUGGCGCAAUCGGCGGUGAUCCAGCCGAUAGCCGAAUCGAUGGCGAGAAGCUCCCGCAGACCAGCGUUGGCGGCCACCCGAACUCGACCAAGGCUGAAGAGGACAAGACCAAGGAGCUUCAGGAGGCUGAGUGGAAGGCUUACUACCGCUCCGGCGAGGUUGCACUCGUCGUUGUCGUCAUCCUUGCCUCGCUUGCCGCUUUUCUCAUCUGGCGCGAUCGCCGUCGACGUGCAGGCUACAAGGGCGUCCGGGGCCUGGACGCUGGCGACGAAGGCCGCGAAUCUCUAAUCGCGGGCAUGGGACUCGACAACUUCCGCCGCAAAGACCGCAGGAGAGACGUCGAGGCCGCAGAUUUUGAUGAGAGGGAAUUGGACGACCUGACCGAUGACUCGAAGCCAAAUGGCCGGGAAAAAUUGCAUGCACCACAGAAUGAUUCCACAUACAGCCUGGGAGAGGCAAGCAGCGACGGCGAGGGAAGCCAGCGCGACAGGAAAAUGGCAUCACGGGAGAAAUCGUGA